GUCGCUGAUUAGAGACCCUUGGAUCAUGGACAGAGUUAGCUAGCGAGGCUAAUCUUCGAUCUUUAAGUUCAUACACUAGAGGAAAUAAUAGUCAAUCUGUUGCGACUUUCAUACAGUUGGUCGGUGCGCCAGGAUGGUUGACGACUUCGAGGGUCAGGAGGUUCGGUCCAGCGGGGAGCUGUGGUCCGAAAUCUGCUCCACUCUGCCGGAAGUGCGAGCUGAAGCAGCUGCAGAGAAUAACACAGAGUUCAAAGACUCUUUCCAGCCAGCAACACAAGGCGGAGUGCAGGUCAAUGGACAGUCAAAUGGGACAGAUACCAGUUCAUCUAGUGCCAAAUGGGAACCUAUGGAGGAUUCUGAGAUCUACAUAGCCAGUUUAGAGAACCGCUUGAAGAAGCUAAAAGGCCAGUCCAGUGAUGUGACCUCCAGGGACAUGCUGCGCUCCUUGUCUCAAGCUAAGAAAGAGUGCUGGGAUAGAUUUCUGCACGACGCCCAGACCUCAGAGCUCUUCCAAGGUGGUGACAUGGAUGAGAGUGCUCUUGAACACUUCAAAAGGUGGUUGAUUCCUGAGAAGGUGGCCAUCAGUGCGGAAGAGCUAGAAUAUCUCCUGAGGCCGUCUCAGAAUAAGGAAGCAUCUGAACCAAACCAAACACAGAACGACGAUGAAGCGGAGGGAGAGAGACACAGCCCAGAGGAAGAUGACAUUCACAGCCCCGAGAAAUGAGUAGUUUUUUUUUUUUUUUUUUAAAUAGUAACACUGAAAGAAAAACUCAUUUGGCGUGCAUUCAGUAGAGGUGACUUGUUACCCCCUUGCUCAUUUUGAGCUGCGUUAGAUCAUGGCAGUGUUUUGGCCAAAGCUUUUGUUAACAGCAGCCAAAGAGGCAAUUACAGGCUGUCAUCAUUCUCUGUAUCCCCAGCAACUGAGUGUUAAGUACUUACCCAUUCACAUGUGUUGUGUUCGUGCUAUUCAUCCUUUCAACCAAAUCACACCAAGAAAAUAUAGAAUGAAAGAGUUUGAAAUUAGACCUGUUUGUCCUGUAGCAGCAGCAUUUGCAUCUAGUCAGUGAAGUGACUCCCACUAUAUUGGUUACAGAAUGGCUCUCUACUUUCAAUACAAAUGCAAAGGCUAAUGAAGGACCACAUGCAGUAUCUUGUUGUUGAUGAGACUUUGAUGAUGUAAGCGAUGCAUUAUCCUGCAGAGACAUUAUUAUUCUGUUCUGUGAGUAGGAAUAUAUUCCUGAAAAUACUGUAACAUAUUGUGUAACAUCUUUAUUUUUGCCUUGUUGAUUUUACAUCUGAAGUUUUACCCAUGUUUCAAUAAAAACAAGCAGAAUGGA